UUAUCCCUAGUUUUGGCGAAAAUAUCGCUAGAAAAAUUGACUUCACGUCAUGUGAGCUGAACAUUACAACAAAUCGACCAUGACCGUGGAGUUGAGUCAAGCAGCGCAGGUAGCCGGCGCAAUCCCCUCGGGUGGGUUAUGCCUGCUGGUGAUCGACCAGCAGGUUGAUUUCCACCCGGGUGGAUCACUCGCGAUUCCCACAGCGAAUGAGGAUGCGGCGCGUAUCGCGGCGUUCAUUCGCCAGCAUUCGGACAAGCUCAAGCAGCUCGUGCUAACACUAGACUCGCAUCAGCGCUACCACAUUGCGCAUGGGAUCUUCUGGGAGAAUGAAGAGGGCAAGUCGCCUGAUCCAUUCACGCUCAUCACGGCUGAAGACGUCGCUGCGGGCGUGUGGAGACCUCGCGAUCCCAGUUUGAAGGAGUAUGUGCUGGCCUACACGACGGCACUUGAGGCUAGCGGCAAGUUCACGUUGUGCAUCUGGCCUGAACACUGUCUCAUCGGCUCGCCUGGACAUAACAUUGUGCCGAACGUGCUUGCUGCGGCGAUGGAGUGGACGAAGGCGUCGCUCAAGCCUGUUCAAUACAUCAUGAAGGGAAGCAACUCGUUCACGGAGCACUACUCGGCGCUCAAGGCCGAGUUCGAGCUGUCUUACGAUCCCACAACAAGCUUGAACCAGGCGCUGGUAGACACUCUCAAGCUCGCCGACAAGGUGGUCGUGUGCGGCGAAGCCAUCUCACACUGCGUGAACUACACGGUGCGCGACUUGGCGGAUGCGUGGCCCGCGGAGCGGAUCCACGACUUGGUGAUCCUGACUGACUGCGCGUCUCCCGUGCCGGGCUUUGAAGAGGCUGGCGAGGAGUUUUUGCGCGACAUGGCUGCUAAGGGUCUUACACUCACCACCUCCGACAAGUUCACGGCGUAGGUGCCGAGUUGCUAGCUGUCGGCUCAAAGAUAGUAAAUUGCCUUGAACGCGUUGCAGCGGACCCUUGUGUAUCUAGUGUCGUUCAUUUCGACUUAUGGCAAGCAUAGUAUCCAUCAACAAAUGCUCAUUUGCUUCAAAGUAAAAUUUGCUUAUCUGCAUGGCACGUCCGUUUCAGCCGGCAACCUCCGAC